CACCAUGAACAACGGAUAUGACUAAGUUUGGUCACCAGCAUUGGAGUAUGGUGUGAAAGAGGCUGCUGCUGCUGCAACAGGAACCAUCCAGAAGCAGGCUACGGGAAGCGAGAGCAGCAUGGAAGAUACGGAAGAGGGAGGCAAAGAGCGGAUUACCUACUCUCUCGUAACAACACAGAUUUAUGCUGGAGCAUAGCGCCGCAGCAGGUGGUCAUUAACGUAAUCGUGUGUUGAAGCUUCUUGUAAGCGGGAAGGAUUCAAUCUGGACGCGGCGACAUAUCAUGGUGACUAUUGCGUGUCGCCGUCAAUUGACGUGCACGUACAUGGCGCUAAUCAAUCAUACUCUUGAAAAGUACGGUACAACAGUAGCUAUGGUGCAGGACUACUGUUGACAGCCACCGCUGCCACAUCAACACCGGCAGGACCAAGUUAUUACUCCCUGUCCAAUUCUGUGCGCACUGCACACAUGAUGGCUUUUGUGGUUGCCGCACGUAUCACCUGCGUUUCUCUGCACCAUUCCUGGUGCAACCGCGAAUCGCGAAGAGGGGCCAAUGUUCCCGCUGAACUUUCACUUGCGAUGCAUCUCUCUCCAUGAUCGCUGUUGAGCGCACCGCAAGCUGUGACGGAUCGGCCACAAGCUGCUCCUCUGGACAAAGACCUAAAGCUUUUGGCGUACAUACAGUCUUUCCUCGAGUUGCUACUGCUUCGUUGUAGAUGCGAGAUAAAGGACCAGGUAUUGGAGUCGUGACGGUGUUGCAUUGCAUGCGUCUGUGUGGAGCUGAAGUGGUGAGGCUUGCGGUGGAAGCACACGAUAAUUGUGAAUACAGUGCACUGGAGAAUGCUAUCACUGUUGGACGGUUGAGCAGUCCUAUUCGCCAAGCUAAUUUUUAUAAUAUUGAGCUACGUUUUUUCUUUAUUUUAAUUAAACCCGCAACACACUACCGAUGGCCAGACCUGAAGUUUGAAGAUUCCAGCUCAACGCUGAAAGAGACAUGUAUAGGAAGGCACGUGGUCACUUGUUAAACCUUGAAGUCUAGAGGGAUUUCGCCUUGCAGAUAGAUACUCAUUGCAGCAGGACCAGUAACUGCCGAAUCUGAAGUUUCUUCCUCUACCGAAAUCACUGUAUGCUCUGUGACUAGUUCGCAAAUACAUCGUUGACGUCUAAGAUGAACCUCUUGGGUUCAGUUACUGCAGAUGUUCAUCGUUACAGAAUUUCAACUUUCCAUCUCAGACCAGUUCAUGCUGCUGCAGCUGCAAUAUUUAAUUUUAUCUAGUGCAGGGAAACAUGGACAAAUAAGGAUAGAUCUCUGUAAAAUGUGGGGUCUGGCAACGACGAUUGUUGAAGUGAUUAUUCUCUGAUUAAACUUACAAUCCCCCUUCAGUUUGCAGCAAUCUGAGAGCUAAGGCGUGGGAGUCCUGCUUUGGAUGUCCUUUGACAACCUACAUCAGCCAACUAGACCUACAAGUAGGUCUAAGUGAAACGAAGUCCUUAUCACUAGCCCACAAAAUUGGGCAGCGACUGAGCAGCUACUCGAGUUCAUAAGUGAUAGUCAGUCCUUCCUAUUCCCACCAUGGCCGCGGGCAUUGUAUCUUGUAAGUAGCAUGACCCGCAGGAGAUAUUACAUAUCAAGCUCCAAAUAUUACCCACUGCGAGCUCCACUAUUGUCUAAGCUGUGACGUUCCUGACGCGGGAAUUUGGUGCUUCAAAUGGCUAAGCAUAACAGUCAGGUUGACACUGAAAAUCAGAAUCACAAUUUAAAACAUCAAUUGCAACCUGCAGAUCAAUGGAUACCAGUUUCAUCUCCUUCGGUCACGAAACCAUACUCUCCAGCUGCUGCAGGGUCGAAGAAGACGACUGAGGAGGACGCUUCGUCUGCGCAAUGCAUUGAUGAAAUUUCUGACAAAGCACCGGCGGCAGAUUCAUCCAUGGUUCACGCUACUUAUGAUCACAAGAGAGUCGCACCACAUUCUUUGAAGAUGCAUGGUGUUGACAAACUCAAUAUUGGCUUUGCUCCCGUGGAUUUGCGUGGGAAUUUAUUAUUGGACUUGAAAAAUACAGGAGGGUGGCGAGCAGCUUUCUUCAUUUUCGGCAAUGAAACCGCGGAGAGAAUGGCAUUUUUUGGAAUCCUUGUGAACUUAUUGUUCUACCUGUAUCUUGAGAUGCACAUCACCUUUCCAGAAGCUUCAACACUUGUUACCAACGUGGUGGGAACUUCUUCUCUCACCCCUUUACUGGGCGCGUUCAUAGCUGAUGCCUACAUUGGACGAUAUUGGACGAUUGGCAUCUUCUCCACAGUAUAUUUCCUGGGUCUAAUUCUCUUAACCGUUAGCUCAAUCUCGUCAAGCUUGAGGCCUACAAGUGUGGGAUGUGAUGAGCUUCACCUGUUCCUGGGCUCCUGCCAAUUGCCGUCCAGGAGUCAAAUGGCUUUCUUAUAUGUGGCGCUGUACACCAUUGCCCUCGGUUCAGGAGGGAUAAGGCCUUGUGUGUCAUCUUUUGGAGCGGAUCAAUUUGAUGUUGAGAACUCUAAAGAGAGGGAACAACUCCCAAGAUUUUUCAAUGGAUUCUAUUUUAUGAUCACUUUUGGGAUCUUCCUUUCUCUCACUGUUGUUGUUUACAUCUCAGAGUACAUCAGUUGGGCCUGGGGAUUUGGUACUUUAUCUAUAGCAAUGGCAGCAGCAAACAUUAUUUUUUUCCUAGGAACGCCGUUUUACAGACACAGAAUCCCUAGUGGAAGUCCACUUACGAGGUUUGUGCAAGUAAUGAUUGCCGCAUUGCGGAAAAGGCGAGUGAAAACACCAAAAAACAAAGAUGACCUCUACGAAGUUUAUGACAAAGAGUCAGCUAUUCCGGGAAGUAGGAAACUCAAGCACACGUACAUCCUAAGUUUUUUAGACAAAGCAGCGGUUGAGACAGCUAAUGACAAGGCAGCUGGACAGCCAGUAACGACUUGGAGACUUUGCACUGUCACGCAGGUCGAGGAGGUCAAGAUUUUGGUGAAAGUGAUACCGAUCUGGGCAACAACCAUCAUUUUGAACACUGUGUUCUUGCAAAUCUUAAAUUUUGGCGCUCAGCAAGCUCUGUCGAUGGACAGGAGGCUCUUCAGCUUUACAGUGCCAGCGGCAUCUGUGCCUGUUGCAGCGGCUACGAUUAUACUCAUAUUUCUACCUUUCUAUGAUCGUGUCAUGGUACCCUUCAUGAGAAAAUUUACUGGAAAUCCAAGAGGAAUUUCUUUCCUCCAAAGAAUUGGUGUAGGCCUUUUUAUUUCUAUUUUGGCGGCAAUCGUUGCAGCACUUCUGGAGAAAAAACGACGACAGGUAUCUUGGGAGACAAACACGGCGCGAAGCUACAAUGCAACAGUUCCGCUCUCAGCCUGGUGGCUUACAAUUCCCUUUUGCAUGACUGGACUUGCCGAGAUCUUUGCUUCAAUUGGCCAACUGGAAUUUUUCUAUGACCAAGCUCCCGAUGGGAUGAGAAGCAUUGGGACUGCAUUCUUUUCGGCUACAUCAGCUCUUGGCGCUUACUUGGGCAGUUUUUUGAUAACUAUUACCACCAAGUAUGCAGAGCACCAUGCACAGCAACCUUGGAUCAAUGCCCUGAUUAGCCUUGGUCACAUGGAUUAUUAUUUUUGGCUCCUGGCUGUUCUUAGUGGUAUUAACUUCGUUGUGUAUCUUUUUUGUGCUCACAUGUACGAGUACAAGAUAGACUCGCAAAGUACUAUGAGGGAGGCGCUGGUUCAAGCUUUAGCUAAUGAUACUGACGAAAGUCAUAAAAAGGGCCGCGAGGAGGGUCCAAUUAAUUGCCCGGUUGAUGGGAAUGGAGUGAUUACUUAGAGUCGCUCGACCUAGAUGCCACUCCGGAAUGUGAAAUCAAAUGCUAGCGCACACAGUCUGUCCAUCCUUCACUUGCAAGACUAAACAUGUUGCAUGCAACUCAACUCGUAGGAACAGUGAAGCAUUUCACACCCAAGGCGCUCAAUCAGACGAAGUGCUUGGUGAAGCUGCCUUCGAUUAUCAUCCGGGCCUGUCAUGGCAGCUGGACUUUUGCUGAACUGAAAAUCAGAGAAGCCUGUUUUAGAAAUUUGUUUCGGAAUGUUUGCUAGUGAAACCAGAUUUGUAUCCAUGUGAAGAAUGGGAUAUUUGAGGAGCUAGAAUCAUUUAAUGAUGACUAGCAAUCACUAUUGCAGCGACUUGGGAUUGUGAACUCCACACGUUUCCUGCCGAGCCCUUGAAUUGAUAAUGACAAGAUGUGUAACCACCAUUGGCCUAGACAGUGGUCGUAGUGGGCCCCUUUUUUUGACAUUUCUCUGUUCAAUAGUUGACUUUAAAAACUUUUGGAACGAGUGAAAACUUAUCUUUUGGCACCCAUUAGUUCUGAAUCCAUUCAGUAA